GGUGUGGAUGCAGCCAUGGUGAAGCUGUGCCACUACUGCGGUCAGCAAGGGAGCCUGCGCUGUGCGCGCUGUAAGAAGAAGUACUACUGCUCUGCAGACUGCCAGGCCCGCGACUGGACGGCACACAGGCACUUGUGCAAGGCGGUCAUCCCACCCGUCUCUGCGAGCGGGAUGUCCCAGAAGCAUUUGGCCAUGCCCAUCAGAACCAGUCCCAGGGGUUUAGUUGCCAAGGAGAGCCUCGGGGGGGGUGCUUCUCCCAGGAGGGUCUACCUGUCCAACAUGCCCAGGAACAAAGUCACAAAAGGAGCCCAAGUGGAGGCCUCCGUGGUGGAGCUGAGGAACCCUGGGAAAUUCUUCAUUCAUAUGAAGAUGACUGUGGCAUCCCUGCAGCGCAUCAGUGCUGCCCUGCAGAAGGUGUACUCCAGUGUACCAGAGUAUAUACCUGAAUGCGGAGAGGUGUGUGCCACCAGGUACUCUCUGGACCAGGACUGGUACCGAGGGGUGGUUCAGACCGUGGAUGCCCCUUGCAGAACUGCUCACAUCUUCUACAUGGAUUUUGGGAAUGAGGAGACUGUGACCCUAGACAGAGUGAAACCUUUGCCGCCUGGUGUUGACCUCCUCCCUCAGUGCGCCACGGAGUGCAGGAUGGCUGGCGUUACUCCAGUGACGGGCCACUGGAGCGAGGAGUGCAACAUUGCGGUGAGGCAGAUGGUGGUUGGGAAAAAGCUGACCAUGACUGUGGUAGACAUACUGGACGGAGGAGUGUGUGCUGUCGACAUUCUCUUGACAUCUGGUAAAGAGCUUAGCAGUUUCCUCGUGGAGCAUGGCUAUGCUGCCAUGGAGCCCACCGGGAGCACAGGCCCCAGUGUCAAAGACAUUGAGGGCAUGCUGACCGUGGUUCUCGAGGACUUGAAGUCAUCGGGGGGGAAGGAGGAAACCGCAGAGGCCAGUCUUCCCAGCCCUCUGAUCCACAGUUUGGGGGAUAUGUUCCAUGCUGUUGUCACCCAUCUUGAAUCUCCUGAUGUGGUUGUGUGUCAAAAAUUGGAGAAUGCAAAUGUGAUCCAGGAACUCCAGGUGAACCUGCAUGAGUUCUGCUCGCGUACACCUGCCAAGGAGGAUUUCAGACCCGCUCCCAGCUCCGUCUGCUCCUCUCAGUUCUCAGAGGACAGUCUGUGGUACCGUGCCAAGGUGCUGGGCUACUCCUCGGGAGACCAUGUCUAUGUGGAAUACAUAGACUUUGGGAACACGGAGGAGGUGGAUCUAAGCUGCCUGCGUCCCAUCCCCCCAGUUCUCCUGAACAUACCGAUACAGGCAAUCUCCUGCGCCCUAUCAGGUGUGAAGCCUGCCUUGCCGACCUGGAUGGACUCCGCCAUGACCAUGCUCAGGUCUCUCGUGUGCAACCGCAUCCUCCGGGUGACCGUCGUGGGCCACCGAGAGGGCACUGCUCUGGUGACACUGGUGGAUGAGAACAGUGACCCCCAGAUGGAUGUGGCAGAGGUGCUGAUGGCCAGUGGGUAUGCUGUUGCUGAUGAUGACAAUGUCACAUGUGGACAAGCAGGAGGACAAGUGACGACAGAUUCUUCUGGGGCCAUCAAACCUGUGGUGAACACAGAAUGGAAGUACGCAGAGCUGCCUGCUGAUGGACAGAUGUUGAAGCUUGUGGUCAGUAUGGUGAAGAGCCCAGAGGAGUUCUACUGUCGUCAUGGCAACACCAAAGAUGUCUACGCCUUGGCGGAACUGUCUGCUGCCCUUGUGCAGCACUGCCAGAGUGAUGACACAGCUUUUGCGGCUACAGUGGGGCAGCCAUGCUGCGCACUGUUGCCAGGGGAUGGCACCUGGGGACGAGCCUUGGUUCAGAGCAUGGGGACAGACAAGAAGGUCGGGGUGGUGUUUGUGGACUACGGAAACACAAGCUACGUGGACUUGGCGCACCUGCGUGCCAUCCAUCCGAAACACCUAGAGCUUCCCUUCCAGGCGCUGCGCUGCAGGCUUGCAGGUGUGGAGCCAUUGGAGGGACAGUGGUCUGGAGAGGCAUUGCAGAGGUUCGAGGCUCUCUGUUUGAGCUCAUCACUCGAGGCCAGGGUGCGCACCGUCACGCAGAGCGGUUAUGAGGUGGAGCUGAUGCGCUGUGGGGUCAGUGUGGCCUCUGUCCUGGUGAGCGAGCGGCUGGCCAGACCUUCUGCGCAGAGCGAGGCUGCAACAACCGCUGUACCACUCGUAGCCACCGCGGCUCCAGCGAUGACAGGGUGCGCCUUCCCCACAGACUGGCGCACAGCGGAACUGCCCCGCAGCGAGGCCUUCCAGGCACACGUAGCUGUUGUGGUCAACCCUGGCCUCUUCUAUUUGGUCAGCACCAAUGAGGGAAACAAAGAAAAACUGCACGCCCUGAUGGGGGAGCUAGCAAAUCACUGCACCAGCCUUCAAGCAGUCUGGUCCGUCGCACCUGAGCCAGGAGCAGCCUGCUGUGCCCAGUUCUCAGGGGACAAGAAGUGGUACAGAGCAGUUGUCCUGGAAACCAUGGACUCUGAGGCGAGUGUGCUCUAUUCGGAUUACGGGAACACGGAGCGGGUUCCGCUUUCAGCCAUCUGUCCCAUUGCCAGAGAGCACCUGGAGCUGCCGUUCCGCAUCAUCAGAUGUGCCCUGGAAGGGCUGGAGCUGUGCCCCCCCGUAUGGCCUCGCUCUGUUCUCAGGCUGUUUGAGUCGAUGCUGAAGGGCAGCGUAGUGGCCUCUGUGCAGGGUUUUGACGGCACAUCCUACCGCCUGAACUUGACCAGCCUAACGGAGCGGGGAGCUAUGCACGUCAACACCAUGGUACUGCGUGCUCUGGAGCAGAUGCAGAGCGGCUUCGUGACAGAACUCAGUGGGUCCCAGGUCCACAGCGGAGGUCCGGUUGAGUCUUCGGGUAGCAAGAAGACAGAGUCUGAAUGCCCAGCGGAGGCUGCGGGUAAAGAUGUGAGCAAGACCCAGGUCGAGAUGGAGAGGAAGGAAGCUGAGCCGCAGUUGAACCCAGAGGCGCUCCAUUCCAGCGAUAGACCAUCUGACGUGACCCCUCUCACCACUCCAGAAGCUGCCCAGUGCUCUUGCUGCUGCUGCUGUGUGGAUCUCAAACGGAAGAUGAAUAAAAUUGAAGAACUGCUGCUUCUGCUGACAAAGCAGCAGCCAGAUGCGGUGACGUCCUCGUGCUACGAUGUCUAGGUGCAGCGCGGUUCUUGUCCUCAUGGCCCUUCAGCUACUCCAACAGUUCCGUUGUGGUGUUCCCGUUAUACUGGAGUACACACUAGUUGAGAGUCAUUGGAACAUUUCAUGGGGUGGAGAAGGUCUCAA